AUGAAGUGCCACAUGCUAGCCAGCCGCCGGCGGUGUACAACCAUCCUAUGUCUUUACGAGGGCGUUAAAAUGCUGUCCUACGCCCGCUUGACUGUAGUUUUGGUUAAGAUUACAGAGUUAUUACGCGUCAUGUUUGCCAUCCUUGCAAUCGGUCGACUUCAUGCUGCUGCCCACUUGCCUUGCCGCAGCACGGCUGAUAAGAUUAUGGACAGCACAGUCGUCAGUGCAUUUAAUCCCUACGACGACGAUCAGGGCGGUCUCUACCUUCCCUUAUUACCCGUUGACCCCAGCGAUAUGUAUGCUAUGGUGACACCGGGGGGCACCGACCCCCUAGGUCGCCGGUUGCAAGUGGUGCGAUUCAGUAAAGGGGAUAUACGGCAAAUUCGUAAAGCACUAAUAAGCUUGGACGUGAAAAUCCUUGAGGUGCUGGACUCAAGGACGCUCCUUGUGUUUGGCAGGCUGGAUGCGGUCAAGGGCGUCGUGACCGCUUACAACGGGCUGAUGGCAAAAUACGAACCUGGAUUCAAGAUCACGCCAGAGGCAUCCGUGCUUGCGGAAGAGGCCAGUGCGCUGUCUUCACCAACAAGGAGGCGCCGCAACCAAAGGCGGUCACUGCAGGCGGAUUCAGGCGGCUCUCCACCUCACCCGGAUCGGCGUUCAGGCCGCUCUGAGAGGGCUUACGUCAGCAGCGCUUUUGACGCCGUUCAGAUUUGGGACACGCAUUCCUACGACAGGCCACAGUCGUCCUUCGGAGAACUGCAAAACGGCGGCGGCGAGGCAAGGAGGCGACGUCGGAGCGUUCAGGAACGCCGUAACGACAGUCGUACUGCUGGUCGCGGUAAUGGCAGCAGCAGCAGCGGCGGCGGCUCCUCCAACACGCGUUGGGUCAACCUGUACGGCAUUUCCGUACAGAUCGUUCAGGAGCUGUAUCCCGAUGUGCUGCGAACCAUUAAGCAAGAUUGGCCUGGUGCGCUUGCCUCGUACUUGGGUCUCGGCGAUGAGCACCCCUGCAUGCCUAUCUUCGUGGGCGAGGCGCUGUACUCGACGACGAGUCCGGAGCUGCAAAUCUAUGUGUGCAAGGAGGAUUACGGAAUGGCCGUGGAGUGGUUGUCGUACAUGCAUAUUACGAAGUUGAUUGAACCGGUGCUGAACGCGGAACCUGUCAAUGCCAUCGCGGGUUGGAUUUUGCAAACAGGCAACCUGACGCAGCAGCAGUUCACAAACCCAACUGGAGGCUUGAAGCCCUAUUGGGGAGCCAACCUUUGGGGACAGGGCACGAUCGUCGGGGUGACGGACCAGGGCCUGGACAUGUCCCAAUGCUAUUUCAUUGAUGACAAGUACCGCCCAGGCAGCCUUCGCUCCAUGUUCGUGGGCAAUCCGCCUCGCCUGUACCUGCCGAACCACCGAAAGGUCGUCCAGUACGUCACCCCCGAAACAACUGGUGCUAUAUGCGUAGCCAGCAUCAGUAAUAGCCGAGUACGACUUCUACGGUUGCUGAACUACGAUGAUGGAAUCGGCACUGGCUGGUUCGGUGCUAGCGACCAGAGCCACGGCACCCACGUGGCGGGUUCCAUUGCCGGCGCCAUACUCAACAGCACAGGAGGCAUCAUGCUAGAUGCCGGUACUGGCGUCGCGCCGAUGGCGCGCAUCAGCUUCUUCGGCACGGCCUCACCACGGUUAUCUGCUCCUUUGAAAAUACCUUCUCCAGUGGACGACAAGAUACUCUCGGUCAGUGUGGUGUCGUACCGUCGUACGUACCACGUGAAGAAGGCGAAGUUGCUUUUUAGAGAUAUUGAUAGCAUUGAGACGCGGAUGGACUUAAACGGGUAG